CUAAAUAUAAAGAAGUAAUCAUGGGACGCCGAAAAAAGGGUCGUUGUGUAAAAAGAAAUAAACAGAUUAAUAUAGAAGAAGAUCCAGAUGUAAUAAAAUCACCUCAUUCAUUCAUUAUUCAUCGUGGCUUACCUGGAGAACAUAUUGGUGAACUAACUAAAGAUUUUCGUAAAAUCAUGGAUCCUUUCACAGCAAAGUCUUUGAAAGAAAGAAAAAAAAAUACUAUUAAAGAUUUUUUAUCUAUUGCUGGAAUACUUCAUGUUACACAUAUCUGUAUAUUUACAAAAACAGAGCAAGGAAUGUAUUUUAAACUUUGCAGGUUACCAAGAGGACCAACGCUUACUUUCAAAAUACAUAGCUUUUCUUUAUCACGUGAUAUAAUAUCUUUACUAAAAAAGCAAAUGGUAUAUGAAGAAUUAUUUAAGCAUUCUCCAUUAGUAAUAUUAAAUAAUUUUAGUGGUGAAGGUAUGCAAUUGAAGCUUAUUGCUUCUAUGUUUCAAAAUAUGUUUCCAACAAUAAAUUUGACUAAAGUAAAUUUAAGUACAAUUCGUAGAUGUUUAUGUUUAAAUUAUAAUCCUAUAUCAAAAACCAUUGACCUUAGGCAUUAUGCUAUUAGAGUAGUACCUGUUGGUUUAUCAAAAGGUGUUAAGAAAUUAGUUCAAGCUAAAGUUCCAAAUUUAUCUAAAUGUGAAGAUUUUUCUGACUUCUUAACAAAAGGAACAGUUUCUGAAAGUGAAGCUGAAGAUGAUCCUUCGAAUCAUGUUACGUUACCACAAAAAUUGUCUUCACGUGGAAAUCAUGCAAAUAAUAAAAGUGCAAUUAAACUUUCUGAAUUGGGUCCUAGAUUAACGCUAGAGUUGAUAAAAGUUGAAGAUGGACUUCUGGAUGGUGAAGUACUCUAUCACGAGUACAUUCAAAAAUCUGAGGAAGAAAAAUUAUUAAUAAAGAAAAAACGGGAGAAGAAAAAGAAAUUAAAAGAAAAAAGGAAAAAAAUUCAAGAAGAGAAUACAAAGAAGAAAGAAUUACAGAAACAAGAACAUAAAGAAAAAUCGUUGAAGGGAAUGCAAAAGAAAAAAGAAAGUGAAAUAUUGUUACAAAAAAUUGCAAAAGAAUCAGUUGAAGAAAAUAAUAUAGAAGAUGAUGACGCGCAAUAUUAUCGCGAUGAAGUAGGGGAAGAACCUGAUAAAGAUUUAUUUGCGAGAAAAAUUGGUGAAAAAAGGCCAAAGAAAUUCAUACCUAACUAUAAGGUAAAGAAACAGAAAGAUAAUGAAUCGUGAGAUAUUAG